AUGGCUCCCGCCCCCGUACGAAAGAGGACAAACAACAUUGCGCGCCGCAGGCGGCUCGACGAUGAAGACGAGAGCAAGUCGGUGGCUACCGAGCUCGCGGACGACUCGCAGAGCGACGUAUCAGUGCUCAGUGACGUUGACGAGAACGGCGAUGCAGAUAACAGCGACCUCAGUGAAGUCGACAGCGCACCAUCUCUCACCGAGGGCAAGACGAAGCGGAAACCCAAUGGAGCUCCGGAUGCAAAACCGCGCUCCGACGUCACCACCCGGCGACAACCCUCCCCGCCCAUUGUGCGCUCUGAUCCCUCCUUCCCUGCGCUGCAGGACACGGAGAUGAUGCUCAGCGGACUCAAGCUUGCCGACGCCAACAAAGACGCCGAAGUGGUCGACUUUGAGACGGGGCAUGCGGCAACCGAUGCUGCGCCUGCGGUUGGUGCCCCAAGGCAGCCAGAGACGCUGGGCGAGCGCCGGCGCAAGGAGCAUGAAGAGUACAAGAAAAAGCGCGACGCAGAUCCAGCCUUCAUCCCCAACCGCGGCGCCUUCUUCAUGCACGAUCAACGGUCGGCGCCAGCACAGAACGGCUUCCGACCAGCCGGGAUGCGUGGUCGUGGGCGGGGAGGCGGCAUUGGGGGGCCUUUCUCUCCUGCAAAGUACGUGCCAAAUCGCAAUGGUCCCCACGUUGGUGCACGCCAUACUAACGAUUCUGUCAGCAUGCGGCCACCUCAAAAUGAGGCUACCGACUCUCCAUGGCAACACGAUCUGCAUGAGACGGUCAACGCACCGGGAGGGCCGGCUCAAUCGGUGCAGCCUCCAAAUGGGCCCAUGCAUCACGUCCAGCAUCACCAUCAGGCUGCAAGAGCCCCUCCCGCACCUGCCCAGAAGCCGUCCCAGGCUCGCAACUUCUCGACCACGGUACAUACGCACAACGCUCUCGUCCGUGUAUACCUCCCUCAAAUGAAAGCCCCCAUACUCUUCCAAAACGUACCCAUCAAACAACACACACGUCUGCCAAACCACCGACCACCCCUCCGCCGCGACAAGCCUGUCCGCGUCUCGCUUCCGCCGUCGGCACCGCGCUACAUCUUCCCGACGCCAGAGCGUUCAUUCAUCUUCAUCCCAAGGGCACUGCGGCCGAACCAGCAAGGCUUUGGCCGUGGCCGCGGACGCUUUGGUUCGUUUGGUGCUGGUGCCGGCUUUUCCAGCAGACGCACAAGCGCAUAUGGUGGAAGUGUUUACUCUCCAAGCGUGGCUAUGAGUAGACGGUCAUCCAUGGCACGCGAGAUGGGUCGUGAUGGUCUCGUCUCUCCUGCCGGUUCCAUCAUGUCCCGAAAUGGCGGCUUUGUAGACCCUUCGCGACCAGUAGUACGACUACCACCUGGCGGCCCAAGGAUGUCCAACGCGCCUUCAAUGGUUUCCCCAACCAAUGCCUCGUCGGUUGGUAUGGUUGGCCCUCACGCCUACCCACUUCCACAAAAGCCGACCUAUCGCGAGAACUGGCAAGGUCAACUUACCAUGCACCAGCCCCGUCCUCAAAAGACUGUCUCUGUCGCUGGAAUCGAGUCUCCGGCCUCCAUGAACAGCAACCAUUCCACCAGCAAGUCCCUGCUCACAUUAGCGGUGCUGCUGCCGGCCCAGAAGCCCAGCCCUUCUAUCAGCAUGGCCGGCAACCUUCUUAUCCAAGCCAGAUGUCGACCGGCACACCUCUCUCCAAUAUAUCCCGAACGCGCCAUCCAUGCGCCUGCCUUCCAGCCCUAUCAACAGGCUGGGUUCCAGCCUCAAGCUUUUGUGCCUCAGAAUUACUACUACCCUCCCGCUGGUGCACAACCGCAGUACAUGGCCCCUGCCGGUAUGGUGCCAAUGUUCGUGCCCGGUGCCCAGCAGCCAGGCUAUGCCAUGCCGGUGACUGCUCCUCCUGUCACUGCGCCACCUCCAGCAGCUGGCCAACCAAACAUGGUUGCAUAUGAGCAGAACGGCAUGACCUUUUACGUGGACUCGGCUCAGCUCUACCAACCCCCGCCUGUGGAUGGCUAUGCUCAGCCAAGCUAUGCUGUGCCGGGAAUGGGCGGCAUGAUGACACCCGGUCCCGACGGCGCCUACUACUAUCCCCAGCAGAUGCAGCCGCAGAUGCAGCCAACUGGAUAUUAUCCGGCUCAGUAG